ACACGAUUUACAUACUGUGUUGAAGAAACUAACAAAUACUGGAACAAUUAUGAGUUAUGCUGAAUAUAGGGAAGAGUGUAAAUCAAAUCUGCAGUUAAUUGAUAUUUUUCUAACUGCCUUACAGUUAUAUGAUAAAAUACGAACAAUCCAUGAUAACCUGUAUUCUUUUACUUGGGCACUUUGAUCGUUAUAUCUAUUUAUACUAAAUAGGUGAUUCAAAUGUUUGACGAAAUGAAGCGCAAAUUGACUGAAUUAUUGUCUCAAGGCUCAUGGAGCAGUGAAGAUGACAAACAAAAAGCUAUUUCAACGGUUUCCGAUAUCAAAGUAUUACUAAUGGAUUCAGAAUUUUUGAGUGAGGGAUACGAAGGCCGAGAUAAAAUACUCGAAAAUAAACUUUCCGCAGAUAACUAUCUUAUAAAUGUAUACUACUCUAUGAAAGCUAAAUUUCUAACAUCAUUGAAGGCCACUUCACACGGAUACGAAUUACCUGGUUUAUUCACUUUCCAACCGUUUAUAAAUGAUGGAGAUGGUACAGUGGUUAUGACUUCUGGGUUAUUACAUCUACCGUUUCUGAAUACACCAAACUCAAUAUCUGAAAAGUACGGUACUCUCGGUUGGCUUCUUGGUCGACAGAUUAUAUCUGUAGUCUUCAGAGAUAAUCAGCCAAUAGAACAAACGCAAUAUCAGCUGGAGUGUGGAGCAACUGCUUCUACACCGCUCGAAAAUCAACUGUGUUGUUUAUCAGCACAAAUCAAUUCUGGUAGACUUCAGAAGGAAAAUUUGGAAAAAUUGUCAGCUGGUAUAAAUGGUCUUAUGUUAUCAUUCGAAACAUACAAGGGAAGUUUAAUUGGAGAUACUGAAAGCUUAAAUGAAAGGAAGAUGUUUUUUUCAGCAUUCGCUAGAAUGAUUUGUGGCGGCUUAUUAUCACAUAUUGUUGAUCCCAAAUCACAGUCGUCUACCCAAGACUACGAAUACAUUGUGAACGAUGUUGUGAAACACACUCAAGGAUUUUCAGAAACGUACCAAUGUGAAAGUGGUUCGAUAAUGAAUCCUGUGCGCAAAUGUAUUCUUUAGAAGCAAACAUUAUUAGUGUGUGUGCAAAAGUAUUCGUUUUUCUGUUUAAUGGAUUCCGUAAUUAAACUAUUGUAAUGUUGUUA